AUGGAGAAGCAGCAAGCACAACAAACCGAUCGGGUGGAUGAUAGCCUACAUGGCCAUGACGAGCGCGUUGAAGAUGCUGAGCCGGUCCAGCAUGUCCAUCUGAAAACGAUUGUGCUGCUGAUUGCCAUCGUGACUGAAUACGCCGUGCAAGUCUUCCACAUCGUGGGCGCUGGAUUUCUAGGGAGCAGCGUGACCGCGAUCGUGGGCGGUUCGAACAAGAGCACGUGGCUGGUGUCGACGAUGUCAAUCAGCGCGGCAUGCCUGGGCCCUCCCGUCUCGCAGGCCGCCGACUUCUGGGGACGGCGGUGGUUCGUGAUCAUCCUGAGUAGCUUCGGCUGCAUCGGCUGUAUCAUUGUCUCCAGGUCAAACUCCAUCGGCAUGGCGAUUGCCGGGCAAGCUGUCAGCGCGCUGAGCCAGGGCGCACAGCCUGUCAUUCACGCGAUCGCAUCGGAAAUUCUGCCUCGAAAAUAUCGCCCGAUCGCACAGGCGUCGACGAACUCGGCCGCCACGCUCGGAGGGAUACUCGGUCUCCUUGUCGGCGGGGCAUUGACGCUCAAUAAUCCAGCCGGGUUCCGCACAUUCUGGUACAUCACCGCCGGAGCCUAUGGGCUCUCGACACUGGUUGUGUUCGCCCUCUACCACCCACCGGCGCGGGAGCUACAGCAAAAGUACACGACGCGGGAGAAGCUCGCCCAGCUGGACUGGGUUGGGUAUUUCCUCCUGAUUACAGGUCUGGUUCUAUUCUCCUUUAGUCUCACGUCCGCGAUGUCAGUGUAUCCGUGGCGAAGCGCACAGAUCCUUGCCCCCUUGAUAACAGGCAGCCUACUCUUGGUCGGCUUUGCUGUUUACGAGUGGAAGUUCACGCGCACGGGGAUGCUUCAUCAUGAUCUAUUCAAGCGGGGACGAAACUUCGCGAUCGCCGAGCUGUGCAUUCUCGCGGAGGGAAUCUCGUUCUUCGCCGCGAAUAACUAUUUCGGAUUCGAGGUCGCUGUGCUGUAUGACCAGGAUCAAUUCCAUGCUGGGUUAUAUUACACUGUUGCAUGGUUCUCGCUGCUCAUCUCCACAUGGAUAGCGGGGGUGUAUUGCUCGCGGAGCAAGACGAUUCGGCUGCCCACAGCGUUGGCCUUCAUCUCAUUCACACUCUUCAACGCACUCAUGGCGUCGCUGACUCCUGCAAAUGGGAGGAAGAAUAUCCUCGGCUACGCGCCCUUCCUGGGCUUGGGCUUGGGUACCGCGCUCAACGCGUUGGUCGUCGUGGCCCAACUGUCGACACCUCCCGAGCUCAUCUCUAUCACUACAGGGUUGAUGAUCGCGACGCGCAGCUUUGGCGGCACGAUCGCGCUUUCUAUCUACACGGCGGUCUUCAGCGAUCAGUUGAGCUCUGAGCUUCCCGCGAAAGUGGCCGCAGCGACGAUCCCACUGGGAUUUGACACGUCAAAUCUCGGCCAACUGCUUGGUGCACUGACGAGUGGAAAUACGACCGCUAUCUCCCAGGUCCCCGGGGUUUCUCCUUCCAUCCUCCAAGCCGCGGGGGCAGGCGUCAAGGAAGCCUACAGCUUGGGAUUCAGGUAUGUCUGGGUAACGGCUGCAGCAUUCGCUGCUUUGGCUGUCAUAGGAGCCUCCUUCCUCAUCGACCCGACAGCUGAGUUCAAUGCACACAUCGAUGCUCCGAUUGAGACAGAAGAGGAAUUAAGCCGUGGAGGCAUCGCGGAGAAGUUGCACCAUCACCAUCACCAUCAUGAAUCACAUGCUUGA